AAUAAGGGUAAUGGUCGGUGUUUAUAUAGUUUGGUUCUUUUUAUUUGAAUAUUAUUGAGAUUUUGGUGUUCCUACCGAAUUUAAUUAAUAGAAGUGAAGAAUUAGCUACUUACAAUUGUGAUAUGAGUGUUUUAUCUCAAUAAACAUGGAUAUAACAUUUAUGAAACCUGUACAACCUAACGUCUUCAAGGCGAUCAAAGAUUUGGAUAUUGCAGCACUGAAAAAGUUCACACCGGAGGAAUUACGCCCUAUAAUACCAUGUCUUGUCCGCAUGGCGCUUAUUGCCCCAUUGGACACGACCAGGACUUGUGCCGAAUCGAAGAAAGAUGUGCUUACUAUGCUCUCUGGUAUCGAUUUGGUCAACUUCAUAGUUUCUCUUCUAUCCAUUGAAUUUAAUGCUCUAGAAACUGAUGUGAAGAAAGAGCAGCAAAUGAGAUUGAAAAGUGGAUCACAAUGUACUGAAACAUUUCUGAUACAAAGCGUCACCAAUGGCAUGACUAACGAUUUCGAGCAGUCCGACUCUCCCCGGCGAGUUCGUCUGGUGUUGUCAGAACUGCUGCUGAUGCAGGCACAGUUAGCCGAGUACAAUCAAAACAAGAACACCAAUGCUGAAUGUUGUGUGAAGCCGUCAGAACUCUUUGACAAUGAUGUAUAUCUGGAAGAGGUUACCGAUGUGAUUAACAUCAGCUUGGCAGAGCUACCCAAUCUGCUGAAUGUCUGUGACAUUGUGGAGGUACUACUUUAUGUGAAUAAAGGACCCAUCAUCAUUUCUUGGGUGGUAGCCAACAUGCCAGAUACAUUACAAGAAGUGGCUGAAUCACUAGUAAUGAAUGCAGAUAGAAGUGAAGAAGGUGGCAUCAGAGCUAAAACUCUGACUACAUUGUGUGCAGCUUGUCCGCACCUGGCAGCUGCUGUAAGGGCCAAAGCAGCAUCAGCCUCGAGACUGCCCUCAUUGGUCAUAACACUCACCUUGAAGCACCAUCAGGAUGACCUGGUUUCAUUCAUGUCUGGACUUCUCCUAGGAUCAGAUCAGACUACCAGAGCAUGGUUCGCGACUUUUUUGCGUAACUCACAUAAACGCGGCAAAGGUGAUGGGCAUGCAGCCUUGACAAAACUGCGCCAAGAGUUGCUGAACAGAUUGAAAGAUGCUAGUGCUGGGGUUGAGGCAUCAGCACUAUUGCGAUUGUACUGUGCUCUAAGAGGCAUUGCAGGCAUUAAGUUCCAAGAUGAUGAAGUGGCCGGUCUGCUAAGGCUAGUUACACAAAAGCCACCUCCUACACCUGCUGGAGUCAGAUUUGUAUCACUGAGUCUUUGUAUGAUACUUGCAUGCCCAUCUCUAAUGGCUGCACCUGAACAUGAAAAGAAAGCUAUAGAAUGGGUGCAAUGGCUGGUCAAAGAAGAAGCUUAUUUCGAAAGCACUUCGGGUGUCACCGCGUCCUUUGGCGAAAUGUUACUGUUGAUAGCAAUUCACUUCCAUUCUGGGCAGCUGACUGCGGUGGGUGAACUUGUUUGUGCCACGCUGGGCAUGCGCGUGCCUGUGCGACCGAAUGGCCUCGCCAGAAUAAAACAAGCUUUCACACAAGAAAUAUUUACUGAACAGGUUGUAACAGCCCACGCCGUCAAAGUACCGGUGACAGCAAAUCUCAACAGCAACAUACCAGGCUAUUUACCAGUUCAUUGUAUUCAUCAACUGUUGAAGUCUCGAGCUUUCUCCAAACAUAAAGUCCCAAUCAAAAAUUGGAUAUACAGACAAAUAUGCAACUGCACAGCUCCUCUGCAUCCCGUCAUGCCAGCCUUAGUUGAAGUUUACGUCAAUUCUAUCCUUAUCAUAAACAACAAAGGCACAAAUGAAUAUGUAAACAAACCUAUAAUGGAGGAAGAGAUCAGAAAAGUUUUCAGAAAUUCCAUAUUUGGAGCUAAUUUUGAUGUUCAAAGUAAACCAUUUGCACCAAUGGAAGUUGAUAAUGGAGAAACCUCGAUGGAGAUCAAUAUCGAGAAACCAACUUUGGCAUCACAGUUGCUCCUGAUAUACUACCUACUGCUGUAUGAAGAUGUUAGAUUGUCUAACACAGCUACUCUUAUGGCGAAUGGUCGCAAAGUAAAGAGUUACUCUGCAGCCUUUCUAUCUGAAUUACCCAUCAAAUAUUUACUUCAUCAAGCUCAAAAAGACCAGAUGAGUUAUGGUGGUCUCUUCAGCCCUCUGUUGCGGCUAUUGGCUACUCACUUCCCACAACUGUCUCUAGUAGAUGACUGGAUGGACGAUCAAGUAUUUGGAGAUUCAAAUCGUCAUCAAGUAGACAUAAAUCUUUCAGAAACAGCUAUAGAUGACGCAUUCCGAACUAUCGAAGAAAACCCAUAUAAAACUGGAAAGAUUUUGAAAGCUAUGCUUAAUAAAAAUCCCACAGAUAUAUGGCCGCAUGCUGAAACAUUUGUUAAAUAUUUCAAAAACGUGCUAGGUGAUCAAGUGCCACGGCACAUACAGGAGUUAUAUCACGAAGUCUGGUUACGUCUAAAUACAGUAUUGCCGCGUUGCCUGUGGAUUAUGACUAUCAAUGCGUUACUGGAUAUCAAUGGUGGCGUCAAAAACGUGACCAUAACACAAGAGAAUGUUUUGGUUGAUCCACUACAAGUGCUGCGCUGCGACAUCAGAGUAUUUAGAUGCGGCCCUAUUUUAAAGAUUAUACUGAGAAUAUUAGAGGCCAGUUUAGCAGCUUCAAGAAGCCAACUUAGUCGACAUUUAUUAGACAAGCCGUUGCUCGAGAAAAGUGGACAAUUGACAUCUGAUGCAGAACGAGAAGAAUUAAAGAAUGCUUUAGUAGCGGCACAAGAAAGUGCGGCAUUACAAAUAUUACUCGAAGCAUGCUUGGAGACCGCAGAUGACGAAGCUAAACCUGAAUUGAUGUGGGCUCUUCGGGAAGUUAGAAGUAUCAUUUGUUCCUUCCUUCAUCAAAUAUUUAUAUCUGAACCAUCUUUAGCAAAACUGGUACAUUUUCAAGGGUACCCAAGAGAACUGCUGCCGGUCACAGUUCAAGGAAUACCUUCAAUGCACAUAUGCUUGGACUUUAUACCUGAGCUUCUUAGCCAAGCUUCGCUUGAGAAGCAAAUAUUCGCAGUUGAUCUCGUAUCGCAUUUGUCUAUUCAGUAUGCAUUACCGAAAGCGAUGUCUAUAGCGAGAUUAUGCGUCAAUACUUUAUCGACUCUUUUGUCUGUUCUCCCAAGUGAUCUGCGGUUGGAACUGUUUCAGCCAGUACUGAAGUCUCUAGUGAGGAUCUGUACGGCAUUCCCAUCUCUUUUAGAAGAUAUAACAUCUCUGUUGUUACAACUCGGGAGGAUAUGCGAGUCUCAAGCAUCACUCGGUCACUGCUGGAAUGAUACCAGUAUACUUGGCGAGGGAGCUUACGUUCCCUCAGAGGUACAGCCAGAAUCAAAGGUUUUAGUUGCCGAAGUUUUAUGCAGAGAUAUAAAAGUGACAAUGUCUGAAAUCGUCGAGAAAGCUCUAUUGAAUGAUAAACUCUAUUAAAAAACAUCUUUAUAAGUGACCAAUAUGCAACAUAUUAAUUAAGUUGAACAAUAAGAAAGUACCAAUAAACACUAUAAUUAAG